UUGUCUAUGAGUACUAAAUUUAGAACCCCCAUUCCAUCAGUGUAAAUAUGGCGAGUGUCAGGGUCAAUUGGAAUUUAGAAGAGAAGAAACAGCACCUUCUUUGCUUGUUCACGACUUCAAAUAUCAAGCUAGAAGAUCCUUGAGAUUCUGGACGAAAUCUGUCGGAUCUUUCUUUCCAAACUGUCAGAUUUCCAAGAGGAUUUCUUGAAUCUCUCUGAUUCAGAUGGCCUCCCAUUUAAAAAGUCUUCCAACCCUUCAAGGGUUUCAUCGUUAUCCUGCUGAUCAUAUUCUUUUUCUUCUUGAUCAUCAUCAUCUUCAUAUUCUUUUUCUCUCUUUCUGUUUGCUUUGUUGCUUUUGGGAUCAUGCGUGUGGGAGCUGCAGAGGCCCAGUUUCAUGUUCUGGCUGUUGAUGAUAGCAUCAUUGACAGAAAGUUGAUUGAGAGACUUCUCAAGACUUCUUCUUAUCAAGUUACUGCUGUAGAUUCUGGUAUUAAGGCUUUAGAAUUUUUGGGUUUGAAUGAUGAAGAGGAUCAAAGUGAUAUUGCAGAAGCUCCUUCUGUGUCUCCAAACAAUCAUCAUCAGGAUGUAGAUGUGAAUUUGAUCAUUACAGAUUACUGCAUGCCAGGAAUGACUGGCUAUGAUCUCCUCAGAAAGAUUAAGGAAUCCAAGUCUCUUAAAGACAUACCAGUUGUUAUCAUGUCCUCAGAGAAUGAACCAUCAAGGAUCAACAGAUGCUUAGAGGAAGGAGCAGAAGAGUUCUUUCUGAAACCAGUAAAAUUGUCAGAUGUCAACAAGCUUAGACCCCAUAUGAUGAAGGGUACAAGUAUGGAAGACGAAGGCAACAUCAACGAGGGAAAGGCCAUGGAAGACAUCCAAACACCUGAGAGAACUAGAACAAUAUAUAAUGGCUUUGAUGUGCUUUCAUGAUCAACUGCUCAUGAUCAUGAUUUCUGUUUUUGACUAUCACUAUAAGUAAACAUCCUUUCGAUCUCCUCUAGUUUUCUAUUAACCCCCAAUCUUGAUUGUUCAAUUAUCUGAUUGAAAAUUAACGGAAAGAAAAUUAUUCUGUAUA